GCGGGGUGCGGGGUCACCGCCCGGCCGAGGUGUGGCGGCUGCCGGCUGCGCAAGUCCCCGCUCCCAGGUCGAUCCUGUUUGCUGACGCCCUACCUGGGGCCCCAGGCGCUGUCUCCGCCCCUCACCCCAACCCAGCCCCGAGCCCGGGGAAAAGCACAGGUGCCCUGCAGACCCGUUGGUGCGUGAGUCCCGACCCCAGGCCGCCGCACGGCAGAGCCGGAGCACCCCGCCUGUAAGCCAGGGGAUCGGACUGCCCCGCCCCUCUGCCCGAUUUCUCCCGGGAGGGAGGCGCCCGGCGCUCGCCCUUAACCCGCCCCCCGCCGGGAGCGUGAGCCCGGGCGGAAGGCGCCGACCUGCGGAGAUGGAGGCCACUGGCACCUGGGCGCUGCUGCUCGUCCUGCUGCUACUCCUGCUGAGCCUGGCGCUACCCGCGAGCCGGGCCCCCGGCCACCUGCCCCCGGGGCCCGCGGUGCUACCGCUGCUGGGGAACCUCCUGCAGCUGCGACCCGGGGCGCUGUACUCCGGGCUGCUGCGGCUGAGUAAGAAGUAUGGACCGGUGUUCACAGUGCACCUGGGCCCCUGGCGGCGCGUGGUGGUCCUGGUUGGGCAUGAGGCUGUGCGCGAGGCCUUGGGAGAUCAGGCUGAAGAAUUCAGUGGGCGAGGAACCUUGGCUACACUGGACCAGAUUUUUAACUGUCACGGAGUUUUCUUUGCCAACGGGGAGCGGUGGAGGCAGCUGAGGAAAUUCACCAUGCAGGCUCUGCGGGACCUGGGCAUGGGGAAGCCAGAAGGCGAGGAGCUGAUCCAGGCGGAAGUCCAGCAUCUGGUGGAGGCGUUGCAGAGGACAGAAGGACACCCAUUUGAUCCCUCCCUGCUGUUGGCCCAGGCCACCUCCAACAUUGUCUGCUUACUUCUCUUUGACCUCCGCUUCUCCUACGAGGAUAAGGAGUUUCAGGCUGUGAUCCAGGCAGCUGGCGGUACUUUGCUGGGGAUCAGUUCCACAUACGGCCAGAUCUACGAGAUGUUCUCCUGGAUCCUGAAGCUACUGCCAGGUCCUAACACACAACUCCUCCGCUACUUGGACACUCUGGCCACCUUCACUUCCCAGCAGGUGCAGCAGCACCAGGGCAACCUGGACACCUCAGGACCUGCGCGAGAUCUUGUGGAUGCCUUCCUGCUGAAGAUGGCACAGGAGGAAAAAAACCUGAGCACAGAAUUCACUGAGAAGAACUUGCUGAUGACAGUCACUUAUCUGCUGUUUGCUGGGACAAUGACAACGGGUGCCACUGUCCGCUAUGCCCUCCUGCUCCUUCUGAAAUAUCCUGAGGUGCAAAAGCAGGUACGGGAGGAGCUGAUGCGGGAGCUGCCAGCUGGCCAGGCACCCAGCCUGCGGGACCGGCCCCACCUCCCUUUCACAGACGCAGUUCUGCAUGAGGCACAGCGGCUGCUGGCGCUCGUGCCCAUGGGCAUGCCCCAUGUCAUCACGAAGACCACUAGCUUCCGAGGGUACACGCUGCCCAAGGGCACUGAGGUCUUCCCUCUCCUUGGCUCCGUCCUGCAUGACCCUACAAUCUUCGAGCAGCCAGAGAAGUUCAACCCAGGCCGUUUCCUGGAUGCGGAAGGACGGUUCAAGAAACCCAAAGCAUUCCUGCCCUACUCCUUAGGUAAGCGCAUCUGCCUUGGAGAGGGCCUGGCACAAGCAGAACUUUUCCUCCUCUUCACCGCCAUCCUGCAAGCCUUUUACCUAGACAGCCCGUGCCCACCAGACACCCUGAGCCUCCAGCCAGCUGUCAGUGGCCUCUUCAACAUCCCUCCAGCCUUCCAGCUGCAGGUCCAUCCUGCUGACUUCCACCCCACCGUGCAGACCAGAUGAAGGAGGGCGCUUGGGAAGGUGGGAGCUGCCCAGGGCAACAUCCCCACCAUUCAUGGACAGGGUGUGUGUCCAGAGCCCCGGGUCCACACCAAAGGCAAACUGGCUACAUCUGCAGCUGUUUUCUAGAGAUGCCACACAGACAGUUGGCCCACACAGCUGCUGUGACACAGGCAUACAGUCUUGGGGACCACAGCUGCUGUAUGAGACAUCAAUGUAGUGCAGUAUGUCUGGAGCCACAAGCAGAGGCCCAUGUAUCCCACCAAACCAUACACCACACAACUGCCUGCACCCUCAGUCCACAUGGGGGAGUCCAGCCACCAUCCUCGCAGCCGCACAAACAAGCCCACCUGUGGUCACAGCUCUCACGCCCUCUUCAGCCAACAGACAGUGCCACUCUCUGGGCACCUGCCACAGAGAACAGCAUGACUGGGUUCGAUCAUGCCACAGUCAGAAAUACUGUUCUCCCUCCCUGUCUGUAGCCCCAACUCGCGCCCCUUGAGUGUCCUCACCACCCUCCAAGCCCAUGAGCACUGCCAGCCACAGCCCCCAACCACUGAUCCACACUACCAGCCCAUGCAUGGCCCCGUCCUGCUUCCCCUCAUAGCUUCCCACUGAGACACACCACUCUACAGGGACGUGGUCCCCAGCCACCUCUACUCUUUUGUCUCCAGAGACACCCUUUCUAGGCAUUGUUUUUCCUCAGAUUUUCCCAAAUACAAGACUUCCUGGUGCUGGGGGUUUAGCGUAGCAGCACAAGUGCCUACCUGGCAAGCACGAAAUCCUGAGUUUGAUCCCUGGUACCAAAAAAAAAAAAGACUUCCUGAUCUGCAGUUGUGUACCCAAACCUUGGACACAGGUCCCCCAGACCAGAGAAAGCACACCCCCAUCCCUGCUUAUGUAACCAUGUUGAUAUAGAGCCCCAAAGUCCCUAGUUUAUAUUAAAGUCCCCAUCACUGGAAGAGCUAGAGGACCAAGAAAGGGCCAGGUCCCAACACCCAGUAUUAGGAAAGAGGCCUGAUCUGACCUCUUUAUCACAUAAAGGUUCUUACUUUGCAAUAAAAGUUUGUUUCUGGCCCCUGGUCUGGCCCAGGGCAUGGCCUCAUGUGCA